AUGGAAUUAGCUCUUGUCAAACGACUUUUAGUCCGGUCUUCUACCCCAUGCAUCCCUAGACUGACUCGGGCUUCCGUGCAUGGAAACGCCCAGUCUGAAAAUAAGGGUGACCAAAAAUUCAAUGUCGGUGCGACAUUCCCUGAUGACUUUGAGGACUCGCCUUUGAAAUCCGAAAUUCUCCAGAAGCAAAAUCCAAAUCCGGGGAUUGAGGACUCUUAUCACCCCACAAUGGAAGAUAUCUACGAAAGUGUCCGAGGAAAAUCGACUCCCCGAAGCGCGAAGGCAGCCAAGCCGGCUCAAGAGGAGGAGCGGGAGCCUGGAUUGGAUGAAAUGUGA